GAAAAACGGAACCUCAAAAAUACAUGAAUGAGAGGAUCUAGGAGUGUACAUUAUAAGAGAGAUAUUUGGUAUGGUGAUGGGAAUGGUAGUAAGGUUGUCGUUUCACCCGGUGGACCAACUGUCGACUACACAGAACAGAGCGAGUCGCCAACCCCAACAGGUUCACGUACAGUUAUAAAUUCUGUUGACACUUCAGAGGAUUAUAAUAUUCAAGCUAAUGGAACUGGCUCGACACCUAGCGACAGUAGCUCAAGUUCUGGAAAAAGCACUCCUAGUAGUAGUUUAGGACCACAUAAAGCAUCAUCUUCUGAUUCGUCUAACCUCUCAGCUGGUCCUAUAGUCGGUAUAGUCGUUGGUGUUAUAGCUUUCUUCGUCUUCCUUUUCCUCUGUUUUGGUAAAUACAGGCGGAGAAUGAACAGACAGAAAACAAUGUCAUUCGCUAAAGCACAAGGAAUGGCACGGUCACAGCCUCAUUACGCUCCAGGUGCGCCUAUAGAUGAUGGAUCAUUCAGACCGACAACAUUCCAAAUGAAGAAUACAAACGGUGCUAUGACUGUAAAAUCUCAGCAUUCAAAAUCUGGCUCAGAUACCACAAAUUUAUUCAGAAAAGGUUCUACAGCUUCCUCCCUCGUGCCUUCAGAUGUCAACAGUCUAGCUGCUGCACCAUGGUUUAGAAGUUCAGGAGCUACAACUGAAGAAAGCCAUAGUGAUGUUUUAUUGGGAAUGUCUAGAUCAGAUUCUGAUCGAUCGAGGUAUAAAAAAGGACGUAACUCGUUUGGGUCUCCUUUAGAUAUGCUUGUCAGGGGAAUUGGCAAGUCUUAAUUUUUUUCUUUCUCUCUCAAGUCUCCAUCCAAUGCGUAUAAUAUAUUUUAGAAGAAUGUAUACCCCUUAAUUAGAAAUGAU